AUGGCCAGUUUGCAAUGGUGCGGCUGCAAUGACCGAGGCUGCUGGAAACUGCAGGAUGUGGCCGGAGGAGAGGGGACACAGGCCAGAGGUCCUCACUUCACGCCUGCAGCAUGGCAGGGCCAGCUGCACGUGGGCCCCUGCGCCUCCUUCCAUCCGAGAGCUGAGAGGAUUCUUGUCUACAUUGCUGAGCAAGCAGGGAGAACAGAAGCUUUUCCUGUGUCUAAUUUUGGGAUUGCUGUGAGGUCUUUUGCAUCUUAUUUGGGAGAAACCGAGGGAGAGGGAAAAAAAAAAGAUACUUGA